AUGAGUGGAAAUGGUAGCUCCAAUGCCUAUAUAGACGACUCUGCAACUUUUGAGUCGUUGCAGCUAGAUUCCAGGUUGUUACAAGCGAUCAAAUAUCAUGGAUUUGAAAAGCCAACUUUAAUUCAAUCCAGCGCGAUCCCCUUGGCCCUGGAACAAAAAAGAGACGUUAUAGCCAAAGCUGCUACAGGGUCGGGUAAAACGUUGGCAUAUUUAAUUCCCGUGGUACAAACAAUCCUCCAGUACAAGCAGGCUAAUGAUGAAAGUACCGGGCCUAAAACUCUAGGGAUAAUCCUGGUUCCAACUAGGGAGUUGGCCCAACAGGUACAGUCUGUACUCUCUCAGUUAGUACUGUACUGUUCAAAAGAUGUUCAUUCUUUGAACUUGUCGUCGCAACUGGCUGACAACGUGCUCUCCUCGCUUUUGCUUGACGGCCCUGAGGUUUUGAUUGCCACACCAUCCAAAUUACUCAAUGUGCUUGAGACGAAAUCUAAUUCUCUAUCAAUGGAAGAUCUAAAAUUUCUGGUCGUAGAUGAAGUUGACCUAGUUUUGACGUUCGGCUAUCAAGAAGAUUUGAAUCAAAUUGCUGGAUAUUUACCUCUGAAGAAAAACUUGCAGACGUUUUUGAUGAGUGCUACGUUGAAUGAAGAUGUUCAAGACCUGAAAACUCGUUUCUGCCGCUCGCCAGCGAUCUUGAAAUUGAAUGAAGAGGAAAUUAGCAAGGAUCAAAGCAAGCUUUUACAAUAUUACGUGAAAGUCACAGAAUUUGAUAAGUUUUUGUUGUGCUAUGUUAUUUUCAAGUUAGGCUUGAUUAAAGGCAAAACUUUGAUUUUUGUGAACAACAUUGACAGAGGUUACAGGCUCAAACUUGUGCUUGAACAGUUCGGUAUUAGGUCCUGUAUUUUGAAUAGCGAAUUGCCCGCUAACUCCAGACAACAUAUCGUAGAAGAGUUCAACAAGAACGUUUAUCAGUUGUUGAUUGCAACCGAUGACACUGAAUACAUCAAAGAAGAGGAGGAUGAACAUAAUUUGAGUGAUACAGAAGGUGCUGGCGAGAAUGCCACAGUGUCUACUGGAGAAAAAGUUAAGAAGAGCGGUGCGCAAAUCAAGAAAGAUAGAGACUAUGGUGUUUCUCGAGGUGUGGACUUCCAGAACGUUGCAUGCGUUCUGAAUUUCGAUUUACCAACUACUGCCAAAUCGUACGUUCACAGAAUAGGUAGAACUGCUCGUGCCGGCAAAUCGGGUGCUGCCAUUUCUUUUGUUGUACCACUCAAGGAGUUUGGUAAGCAUAGACCCUCCAUGUGUAAUACUGCCAAGAGGGACGAGAAGAUAUUGAGCAGGAUUAUUAAGCAACAAAGCAAGUUGGGAUUUGAAAUUCUUCCACAUUCUUUUGACAUUAACCAAGUUGAAGGUUUCCGUUACAGAAUGGAGGAUGGUUUCCGUGCUGUUACGCAGGUCGCUGUGCGUGAGGCGCGAGUAAAGGAAUUGAAACAAGAGCUUUUGACCAGUGGCAAAUUGAAGAGACAUUUUGAAGAGAACCCACAAGACUUGCAAAGUCUUAGACAUGAUAAAGAACUGCAUCCAGCAAGAGUUCAGCAACAUUUGAAAAGGGUACCGGAUUAUCUGCUUCCAGAGGCCGCAAGACAAGAUAAGAAGAAGAUUGGAUUUGUUCCUUUCCACAGCGCGAAAAGCAUGAAACGCAAAGGCAAAGUCUACAAAAAGGGCAACAAAAAGAAUGGAAAGUCCGACCCGCUUAAAAACUUUAAAUAA